AAAACAUCCCUUGGCUUCGGUCCCCAAUUAAGGCCUUAAUUUUUGUUGGGCUGAACCUGCCCGUUUUUGCAUUCUAUAUGCACUACACCCUAGUUCUUCUUUCUUCCCUCCCCUGUUCUCCUCUUGCUCUCCUGCUGCUACAGAAGCAAUGGAGACAUUUGAGAAGAGAAAGGCUGAAACCCUAGCUUCCAUGACUUCCUCAUCACCAGACAAAUCCCCAAAAGGCUCUAUAGACGAACCCAUUAUCCCACUCCUCAACACCAUCAACUCCCACCCUUCUUACUUCACCACCAGCUCCUGCUCCGGCCGUAUCUCCGUCCUCUCCCACCCCACCACUGCCUCCACCUCCACCGCCAAAAAAAAGGCCAAAGGGGGCAAAUGGGUCUUCAUCACCCACCACAAAACCGACCCGGACUCACUCCUCAACCUCCUCUUCCCACCCACCUCAGAAAUAAAACCCCCAACUUUAACUGACCCUUCUGAUCUUGUUCUCCGGUUCGAACCGUUAAUCAUCGCAAUCGAAUGUAAAGACGUUGGUUCGGCGACAAAGUUGGUUUCUUUAGCUAUCUCUUGCGGGUUUAGGGAGUCUGGAAUUACUAGUGUGAGUAACAAGCGUGUGAUUGUUGCGGUGCGGUGUUCGAUUCGGUUGGAGGUGCCGUUGGGGGGUGGUGGUGAGGGGAUUUUGGUUUCGCCGGAGUAUGUGAGGUACCUUGUUGGGAUUGCCAAUGAGAAGAUGGAGGCGAAUUGGCGGAGGACUGAUGGUUUUCUAAAUGCAUUGGUGAGCAGUGGUUUCGGUGGAGAUGAAGUUGAAGAGAGUGGUGGGGGAGAGACCGUGAACGGAGAAGCGGGUGAUGAGGAUAGUUGGAUUAAGAGUGAGGCUAUGGAUUCUGGGGAUCAGCUGAAUUUGUUGAGUAAUGGAAAAGUGCCUGAUGAAAACCAUGUUGGGUCUUCUGGAUUUGUGAAUAUUAGUCUACCUAUGAAUCUGAUGAGGAUAAUUGGUGAACCUGUUGAGAAGCUUUUUCUUUGGGGUCACUCUGCUUGUACAUUAGAUAACAUAAACCACACACAAAUUCUCAUUUUUGGUGGGUUUGGAGGUAUUGGAAGACAUGCACGAAGAAAUGAUUCGUCACUACUUGACCCAUUAUGUGGCCAGUUGGAAACAAUCAGUGCUCAGGGAGCUCCAUCUCCGCGCAUGGGUCACACCUCUUCCAUGGUAGGUGACCAUAUGAUUCUUAUUGGAGGCAGGGCUGAUCCUGUGAACAUUUUGAAUGAUGUUUGGGUCCUUAAUCCAACAACGAGCGAAUGGAAGUUGUUAGAAUGUACAGGCAGUGUAUUUCCCCCAAGGCAUCGCCAUGCAGCAGCAGCUGUAGAUUCGAAGAUAUAUGUAUUUGGGGGACUUGUUGGUCAUUCUAUCUCUUCAGCACUCUAUGUCCUUGACAUGUCCAGUUUUGAGUGGAAUGAGAUAUGUGUCCAAGGGGAAUGGCCAUCUCCCCGUCAUUCCCACACCCUUGUGGCAAGUGGAUACAAGUUAUAUAUGUUUGGUGGAUAUGAUGGAGACAAGGCACUGGGAGACCUUUAUAGUUUCGACACUAACAAAUGUUUAUGGAAAAAGGAAAAUAUGGCUGGGCGGACCCCACAUGCAAGGUUUUCACACUCCAUGUUUGUUUAUGAGAACUAUCUGGGGAUUAUAGGGGGAUGUCCUGUCAGACAACAUUAUCAAGAGUUGGUGUUACUUGACUUAAGAUUUCGUUUGUGGAAGUAUGUGAUGCUCAACUCUAUUGGCAAAGAUCUUUUUGUUCGAUGCACAGCCAGUGUUGUUGGUGAUGAUCUAGUCAUGAUUGGUGGAGGAGCCUCUUGUUAUGCAUUUGGAACGAAGUUCAGUGAGCCAAUAAAAAUAAACUUGCUUCCAUUAAUGUCUUUAAGCUCUAUUGAAAAUGGUGUGGAGCAUUCUGUUUACAUAGAUGAGGGGGGUGUAGAGCAAGGACAUAGCGAGUUUAAAGUUCAACAGAAUAGUAAGUCACAAAUAUCAAAUGGAGGUCCCAUCCUGAAUUUUGAGACUGAACCACAAGGAACAGCUGUUAACUGCCAUACAAUUGCAGCGGGUGUAGAGCAAGGAAAUAGCGAGUUGAAAGUUCAGCAGAAUAGUAAUUCAAAAAUAUCAAAUGGAAGUCCCAUUCUGAAUUUUGAGACUGAACCACAAGGAACAGAUGUUAACCAUCAUAUGAUUGCAUCGCAUUGGGUUUUACUAUUAGAAAGAAAACAUGCAAAAUUGGCAAAGGACAUGUUAAAGAAGUUUGGAUGGUUAGAUCUGGGGAGAAAGGUUUAUUCCGUGGAAACUGGAAUACAUAUUUGCUUCCCAAUUACUGAAAUUUUUUGUACCAUAUAUCUUGAUAAGCAAAAUCAUACAGGAGUUACCCUUGAAGAGUUGGAUGAUCUUCAUUCAUUGAAGGCAUUUACAGGAGAUGGGAUGAUAUCGAAGGAUUGCACCUGCUUAAUGGCCUUGGAUCUUCUAAUGGCAUUACGUGCAACUAUACAUGCAGAUGAAAUUGUCAAAGCGAGAAAAGCUUCUAGCUCUCCUCUUAAAGUGAUGAAUGAAGCUGUAGCUUCUUUGAUAAUGCACAGAGGCCUACCAACAGAACUUCUAGACCAGCUACCCACAAGAUGGGAUCGACUUGGGGAUAUUGUUGUCCUUCCAGUGUCAUCCUUUAAGGAUCCAGUAUGGGACUCAUUUGGAGAUGAGCUAUGGCCUAUUGUCACCAAAUCACUUGGUGGUCAACGUCUUGCUCAGCAGGGUCGAAUUGCACAGAAUCAAACUAGGGACAGUAGAUUGGAGAUUCUUAUGGGAGAUAAUGGCUGGGUUGACCAUCGCGAGAAUGGGAUUCUCUAUUCCUUUGAUUCAACCAAAUGCAUGUUCUCCUGGGGCAAUCUUUCUGAGAAGCUUAGGAUGGCUCGUCUUGACUGCAGAGAUGAAGUUAUUGUAGAUUUAUUUGCUGGCAUUGGAUACUUUGUGCUGCCGUUUCUUGUCAGAGCCAAUGCAAAACUGGUUUAUGCUUGUGAGUGGAAUCCCCAUGCUGUCAAGGCACUCCGACGCAAUCUUCAUGCAAACUCUGUAGCAGAACGUUGCAUCAUACUCGAAGGAGAUAACCAGGUUACGGCACCUAAAGGAGUAGCUGAUCGAGUCUGCCUUGGUCUCUUGCCUACCAGUGAGGGUAGUUGGGUUACGGGUGUGAGGGCGUUAAGGAAUGAGGGUGGAAUGUUGCACGUGCAUGGGAAUGCGAAGGACUCUGACGAGGCUAUUUGGAUGGAACAUGUUUUGAAAUCCAUUAUUGAAAUUUCCCGAUCUGAAGGUUAUGUAUGGGAGGUUUCGAUAGAGCACGUGGAGAGAGUAAAAUGGUAUGCUCCACACAUUCGCCAUCUUGUUGUGGAUGUAAGAUGCAAACAGAUUCAGAGAUGACAGUGAAAGAUUGUAUGCUUCAUGAUUGCCGCAGAGUGUGCUAUUAAGUUCUGGGAUGCGGCUUCAUUGUUAUGAUUGUGGCAUUAGUUGGCGGUCGAGUUGAUAGACCUGGUGGAAAAAUGGUUCGAUCCAUGAAUCUCUCAAACAGGCGGUGGAGAUUCCCAGAAUUUUUGUUAGGAAUUUUGUUAGAAUGCUUAUGAAGAGGUGGCAGAAAAGCCUCUGUAUUGUUGUUAGGUGUAGCUGUAGGAUUCUCUUUUUUGAGAGUUGAACAAGAUAGUAAAUGUAUGUAUGUAAAGAUUGAAGGGAAGUUACACAGUUACCUUAUUAAACUUA